AUGGUGAGCUGUCCAACGUGCUGAAACAGUCACGUGCGUACACAGUCACUUUGUACUUGUUUACAAGCUAACAACAUCAAUUCAGUUUGAAAUAAAUUCAGUACUGGGAUUAGUUAUUCUUAUUACAAUUCCUUCACUGGAAAUCACUUGUAUUGAUUGUAGUUUAUUACAAAUGAUAGAGAUUGAGAUAUAUAGAGACCAACAUGACACAGUCAUCCAGCCACCAUUAAACAAAGCCCCUCUGCUAAUCAUACAAUAUGUGUGCCUCUGUCUCCCCCCAUUAGAGAGAACAAAAAGUUUACUUGCUCAUCAACAACGAAGGCAUCUACCAGUGUCCCUACACCAAGACUGAGGAGGGUUUCAAGAUGCAGCUGGGAUCAACCACCUACCUCCUCCUGGACCUUCUCAAGCGAUCCUCCCCCAGCUGGUGGUGGUGGUCUCCUCCAAGCUCUACAAGUAUGGCAGCAUCAACUUUCGAAGACCUCAACAGGUGUGGUUUGUUCAUGUUAUGUUGUGUAUAUUGUGUUUUUACAUGGGUCCUAUUCAUUAGUACACACCGUAGCAAACCAGUUUGCAAAGGAAAAUGAAAAAACUAUAGUUUCUUAUUUGACAAGAGUUCAGAUUAGUCCUUUCCUGUUUCAGUCAGUUUUCUUCCAUUUGGUGCCUUAUGAAUACAACCCUUGUGUAAUGUCUGUUGUGUUUCUAUGGAUGAUUUUCUCCUUGAGGGAUAAUAAAAUGUUCUACUUCCACUACCACUACAGUGAGAGCAGCUGCAACAAAGCGUUCUGUUACAGCCAGAGCAAGCUGGCUAAUCUUCUCUUCACCCGUGAGCUGGCCCGGUGCCUGGAAGACGAGGGCAUCACGGGGGUCACGGUCAAUGCACUCACCCCAGGCAUCGUGAGGACCAGGCUGGGGAGGCACAUCCACAUCCCCUUCCUGGCAAAACCUCUCUUCUACCUGGCCUCACUGGCCUUCUUCAAGAGCCCACUGGAGGGCGCUCAGAAGCCGCUCUACCAGGCGUGUUUGCCCGACGUGGAGGGUGUGGCGGGGAAGUGCUUCGCUAACUGUGAGGAGGAGGAGCUGAUGCCCAAGGCAACGGACGAUCACGCGGCCAAGAGGCUGUGGGACCUGAGUGAAAGCAUGGUGGGGAUCAAGUCUCAAUAA